AUGGAUGAAGAAGGCCCCCAAGACCAGAGUUGCUGGGCUACUCUGCCUGAUGUGUGCCUGCGCCGCAUUUUCUGGUGGUUGGGAGAUAGAGACAGGUCAAGGGCAGCCCUUGUGUGCAGAAAAUGGAACCAGGCGAUGUACUCAGCUGACCUCUGGAGAUACAGAACCAUCACUUUCAGUGGGAGACCUUUUAGGGUACAAGCAUCUGAAUUUGAGUCUGCUCUUUGGUAUAUUAAGAAAUUUGGUCAUUACCUGGAGCACCUUGAAAUCAAAUUUCUUAAUCCUUACAAUACUGUGUUGACCAAGAAGUUCCAGGUCACUAUGCGGGGCCUUCUCUCAUGCCUGGGCAAAAGCAACAACCGUCUGAAAUCUCUGUCCAUUCAGCACCUGGAGCUGGACCGUCUGGUUUGGAGAAACAGCAUUAGGAACUCAUUUAUCAAAAGCUUGAGCUUCUUUUUAAAGAAAAUGGGAAAGCACCUCAAAUACCUCAAUCUUAAAGGGGCUCGGCUGACUGUGGAGCAAGGCUGCAAUGUCCUCAACUCUCUGAGCUACAAGAUGAAUGAGAAUGUAACUUCAGAGCUCAACAUUGAAGAUUUCUUUAGUCAUCACCUCGCUGUCUACAGCAGCCCCAAGUUCAACAAGACCAUGGCCACAUUCUGCAGCCUGGUCUCUCUGACCAUCAACUACAACUGCAUCUCUGAUGAGCUCCUUGAGAAUUUGUGCGAGAACAAUGCCCAAACCCUCCGGACCAUAAACAUCAAAUGCCACAUUCAUGAUCCUCAUGGGCAAGUCAUCUGGGGCAUGUCCUGGGCCAACCUGGCCAGGCACACCACCAACCUAAGGGUGAGCUUCUUCUUUGAGAGGGUCAUGAAGUAUGAGCGCUUGAACCGGAUCCUCUUGCAGGAGAUCCCAAUCAGGAGCAUCAGUCUGAGAAGCUGCUAUUUCAGUGACCCAGACUGGUCUAUGAGGCCCACGCUGAUAGAUCUCCUGCCCACCUUCCGACACACUCUGCAGAAAUUGACUUUCGAAUUCAACAACAAGCACGAAUCACUUGAUGAGGAGCUGCACCUUCUUAUCUUGUCCUGCAGGAAGUUGUUUUACUUCAAAAUCUGGGCUUUCCUUGAUGUGAGACUUGUGGAGAGGAUCCUGAAGAGUCAGGAGGAAAGGCAAUGUGCCCUGAGGACACUAAAGGUGAGAAUUUAUACGAACAGAUAUGAAACAAAUGAAGAGGACAGGACACUGCGAGAAAUUUACAGGAAGUACAGAAAGCUGAUUGAUGCAGAGCUUAACUAUUUUGUCAUCACUUACCCCAUGAUGUAA